AUGUCCAAGUUUAAUUUAGAAGAUGUACUGAUGCAAGUGAUUGAAUCCUCAGAAGAUGAGUCUGAAAACUGUGUCGAACUCUUGGAUACAAGGAGUGUUGAGGAAGUAGUCAGAGAGCUUACCUCGGUGAAUAAAUCAACUAAUUCGGCCGACAACUUCAGUAAUGAAUCAAGUUCAGUUAACAAUGAUGAUGGCGACCCUGAUUUUGAACUCAGUGAUUCUAAUACUGAUACCGAAGAAAUUGUUGUGGAUGAAAGACCCGAAUGUCAGUCUGAAGAUCAGAAUCAAAUUGAACCAAACUUAACCACUAAUGAUACACCAAGUAAAACUAAUGACCAUCCUGAUACAGUUGUAGAAGUACCCCGUGGCAGAAAACGAACAAGAAAUGAAGAAUUAUGGCAACGAAAUAUCAGAAAGAGAAAGCGUCAAGUAGGAGAUGAAUAUAUUAGUCAGAAAGGGGUUAGGAUUUCAAAAAAGGGUGAAUAUUACAAGUUGGGAGAUAGUACAAGACAGAAGGAUUUCAUUUGCGCAUUGACAUUAGAAGUGGAUAUAGCUAGGAGACGAAAAAGAAAGGAAUCGAGCAGCAAAAACAGAGACAAAAACUAUCAGUAUUUUCUUCCAGUAACGGACACAGAAAAUGUUCGUGUAUGUAAGUUGUUCUUCACCAAAACACUCAGUAUAAGUCAUUCCACGGUAACAAAUGCUCUCAAUAGUAAAGGUGUAACUGGAACCUACAUAGGAACAGAUAAACGUAUUAAUAAAGCAGCCCCAAAUAGAAUUCCAGAAAACAGUAUAACUGUAAUCAAAGAUCACAUGAAUUCAUUCCCACGAAUUGAACCACAUUACUGCCGAAAGGACACAACUUGUCAAUAUUUAAGUCCAGAAUUAAAUAUUUCAAAGAUGUAUAGGUUAUACCUUGAUUUCUAUAAAGAUAGGGAGGUGGAACCUGUAAAAGAGUCUAUGUAUCGCCAUAUUUUUGUUACGCAGUUUAACUUGAAAUGUUUUGUACCAAAGAAAGAUCAAUGUUCAAUAUGCAAUCAAUAUUAUGCAGCAGAUGAUGAUGGUAAAAUUAUUUUAUCAUCGGUAUUAGAAUAG